AUGAAGAACGCCUACUGCCCUCGGUUCGACAUGAAGCUGAAUAAAGGCUCUAUCGAACUUGUGCGCAACUAUACCUCCUUGGGACAAGUAGUGCAGCUGAACAAUGCAAAAUAUCCUAGGACAAGAAGAUUACUUCAUCUACAGAAGCAACAGUUUACAAUUCUUCCGUCCUGCCAGCCAUGUUAUAUGGGUGUAAAACGUGGAACACCACGCUUACUGAAGAAUGGUAAUUGGCUGUCUCUUAAAGAGCAGUGGAGCGGCGAAUGGUUGGCGCUAGCAGGCUACAGCACGUUCCAAAUGAAGUGCUACGAGCCACAUCUGGCGUGA